CUCGAUAAUUCUUCAAAUUUCAAAAUGGCGACCCAACUCUUGGUCCAAAUCGAACAGAAAUACAAACAAAUGGCUGCCAAAGUAGCAGAGUACGAGCAGAAUCAGCCCAGAGUCGAAGAGUGUGCUCAGCUCAAGGCCCAACUAGAACAAUCAAUGCAGCAAACAGAAACCCUUAAACAGCAAUGACAGAGUCUGCAAGCAGAACUCAAUGCUUUGAAGCAGCAGCAGAGUGAGGCCCAAUCCAAAUAAACUGGAGGCCGAGAUCGAAAGCAGGACCAGAGCUCAAGACCUCUGAAAGUGUCUGGCAGCUAAGCUUCAUGAAGUUCAGAAAGACAAAUAAGGCUUUGCACAACGAUCUCGUGAAAGCCAAGGAUCACAUCAAAUCGUUGAAGGCAGAGCUCGGUGAAGGAGAGAAUGCUCAGGCAAAGCAAGCCGAUGAAAAGUCGCAUCUUCAAGAGAGGACCAAGAUGCUUGCUAACACCAACUCGAAGCUUAAGAAAGAAUUGGCUGUGAGUGAGGCCAAGCUGACUGAGGCUCAGAAAGAACUGGUCUCGAAGAACAAGCGACUCGAAAUGUUUAGGAACUACAAAGACAUGUUCAGUUCCAUCCACAGGAGUCUCGAAGCCAAAGGCAAGACGCUCACUGCCAAAGUCAACACUCUUGAGCAUACUGAGUCGAUGCUGGUCGAUCUGCAGGCAGAAAAUUCUUCUCUUGAAAUGAAGAACUCUCAGCUUCAGUUCAAGAUCCAGAACCUGACCAGGCAACUUGAGGCCACUAGAGGUCCAGCCUUGAUCGAGCAACAAGAGCCAGAAUAGCCACUUUCAUAUUUCAACACUUUCGUUAAUAAAA